CACACACACACACAUACAGAGCAGCGGCUUCUGGAGUCUUUACUGUAGCAGCAGCAGCAGCAAAGUUACUCCCCGCAGCUUUUUCCCUCUCUAACAUAUUUUUAAAAUGGACCUGAAUCGGAAAUAAAAACCUGUGAGGUCCACGUUUAUCCACGGACACUCGACUUCACGUCGUCUGGAGGCAGUGGAGCACUUUAUUUCAGUUGUUUGUGUGUUGAAGCGGAUUUAUUUCCAGGCCUGGUGGAUUGUAGUGAAUCCUGAACCCCCACCACACCACCACCCCCACAUCCAGAUUCCUGAAGACGAGCAAAGGGGCUGUGCUGCCAGGACAUGAGUCUCGUGGAGGUGAGGCAAGCGGCCAGGGCGUUGACCCUUCCCCUGUCUGGCAACGACCCCAAGGAGCGCUACUUCGACCAGGUGGAUGAGAAAGAUCCAGAGUACCUUCGCUGCAAGAACAUGUCGCCGGACCUGCGGCAGGACUUCAACAUGAUGGAGCAGAAGAAGAGAGUCACGCAGAUCCUGCACAGCCCAAUGUUUAAAGAUGAGCUGGAAGGGUUGAUUCAGGACCAGAUGACGAAAGGCAACAACCCCACUGGUCUCCUCGCUCUGAGACAGAUUGCUGACCUAGUCAUGGCGAGCACCGUGGGAGGGGCCGGCCAGUUGACGUCGCCCAUCAGCUUUGGGAUGGUGACUCCAGUCAACGACUUGUACGGCAUCGAGUCGCCCUCCUUCGCUAAAGGGGAGAAGGCGGGUCGUUGCCGACUGGCCAGCCUCUACAGGCUUGUUGACCUCUUCAGCUGGGCUCGUUUUACAAGCUCCUACAUUACUGUGCGUGUCAGUAAAGAGCAGGACCACGUUCUUAUCAGCCCACGAGGUCUGUCCUUCGCUGAGGUGACAGCAGCAAAUUUGGUGAAGGUGAACAUAAUUGGUGACGUGGUGGAUCAGGGUUCCACUGACCUGACCAUCGACCAAUUUGGAUUCGAGCCCCAUGCUGCCAUUUACUCCAUGCGCCCGGACGUGAGAUGCAUCAUCCACAUGCAAAGCCCAGCUACAGCAGCUGUGUCCUCGAUGAAAUGUGGAGUCCUGCCCAUUUCCCAGGAGGCUUUGCUUCUGGGAGACGUGAGCUGCGUUGGUUACCAUGGCAGCCUGGAUAAUAAAGAGGAGAAGGUGGAGUUUCAGAAGGCGCUGGGCCCGACUGCCAAGGUGAUGAUCCUGAGGAACCAUGGGCUGCUUGCUUUGGGAGAAACAGUAGAAGAAGCUUUUCACUAUGCGUACCACUCACAGCAAGCCUGUGAGGUCCAGGUGAAUGCUUUGAGAUGUUCAGGCGGCACGGACAACCUUGUGCUGCUGGACAGGGAGAAGUUUAAACCUCUGACCCAGGGAGUGGCCUCUGCCGGGGUGGCGAUAGACAGUGAGGUCAAGUGGAAAGUAGGCGAGGCAGAGUAUGAGUCCCUAAUGAGGAUGCUGGACAACCUGGGAUACAGAACAGGCUACCCGUACAGGAACCCCAUUGUCCGCGAAAAGCCCCGUUCCAAGAACGACGUGGAAAUCCCCGCCACGGUGUCCGCUGUGCCGCUGGAGGACGGCGAGCUGGGUCUGCGCAGCCCCUUUAAGUUCAUGGCGCAGAAGCAGCAGAGGGAAAGAACUCGGUGGCUCAACUCCCCCAACAGCUACCUGAGGGUCAACGUUCCUGAACCGUCGCCGUGUGGCGAUGUCAGCCCCAGGACCAAAACCAUGUGGAUGAAGUCUUCACAGCCAGGCAACAGCAUGGGCACCCCAAUAAAGAUUGAGGACCCCAACCAGUUUGUCCCACUCAACACUAAUCCCACAGAGGUUCUGGAUAAGAGGAACCGGAUUAAAGAACAGCACAGAGGCGACCUGAUGACUGCAGGACCAAAGUCUCAGUUACUAGCAGGCAUUGUUGUGGACACCAUCCCAGGACCAGCUUUCAUCAUUGAGGAUGAGGAGCAGACUCGCUCUCUUCCUCCGAACCCCUUCAACGAGCUCACAGAGAAGGUGCUGGAGGAAUACAAGAGCCUGGUGGAGAGAAAGCAGCACGGCCAAGAAGAAGAUGAAGAUGCCACUGAUGCAGAUGAGAUGACCACGUUUGACGGCUCCACCAUCUCCCUGUCCCUCUCUCCCAUGAUGACGCCGGCUAAAGACUCGUUACCCAACGGGAAGGACCACUUGUCGGAGCUGGACGAGGACCUGAGCAUCGAGAUCUCCAAGCUGAGCACCUCGGAGACGGUGGAGAUUUCCAUCAAGGAGAAGACGGGCGACGGCGCUCAGACGCCGGAGAGCCAGACCAAGUCCCCGAAGAAGAAGAAGAAGAAGUUCCGCACGCCGUCGUUCUUGAAGAAGAGCAAGAAAAAGAAGGAGGAGAAGGAAAAGACUGAAGCCUGAGAGCAUUUACUAUAAAAAAGAGAAGGAAAAAAUGAACUGCAGGCUCAUUUAAGGGAAGUAAAAUUUUGAGAUUUUUUUUUUUUAAAGUCAGAAAGUCUCCCAGGACGGUGCUUUUAUUUCCCUGCACAUCUUCCCUCGUUCACAGCUACUGUUCCGUGUUAAAUGGGUGAUCUUUGUCCCCCCCCAUUGAAAAUCUAUGGAUUGACCACUCAUGAAGGGCUCAGUAAACGGUUUUAAGUGAACGGUGAAUCCGUGUUACCGACGCUAAGGCUUCGAUUAUGUGUGUUAAACAUCAGAUUGAGGCCUGGUUACUUAUUUGUUGUUUUAUUUUUUUGCACAAGUUUUUUUUUUCUUUUUAAUUGUUGAAUGUAUACCAAAAAAAAUUGUGUAACAAUUUUAAAAAAAUGUAAUAAUCACACAUAAUGUUGUGGUGGCUGGACACGUUUAAACAGAUUAAACAACAUUUAGCCUCACGAGACGAACGUACGAUUUAUCCAAACAUAUUCAUAGCUAUAUAUACACACUAAUAAUAAUAAUACAUGUCGGUUUAUAUUACACACAUAUAUAUAUAUAUAUAUAAAUAUAACAAUAUUCUAGUGUUUAAUAGGUAAAUAAAUGAUAGUUUUAAUGACAAACUGUAUUUACGUUACAAACUAACCCAUGCUAAACAUGCUGUGAUUUGAUAAUAACAGUAAUAAUUCAUGUUUUUGUUGUUCUUAGGUGAGUUAGUCGUUCACAGGGUUGCUGCUUUAUUGUGAUUGUGACGAGAGAAACGUGUUGGACUUUUUUAACAGAACGGACGUUGAAAAGUGUGAAGACUGAGUCGGAGAAAGUUGGAUGUUUUUGAUGGAUUUUGUUCAAAUUAUGAUUUGAUGGCGAUUUUUGUCUUGUUUUUUUACUGUGGGAAAGUUUUUCUUUUGCAGCCAAUAUUAAGAGUUUGGUGUAAAGUAUAUUAGAGGACCAUUUUAUAUAUAUUUACAUCCCAGUUGGUAAUGUGAAUGGGUUUUUAUUUUGGCUAGGGCUGCAACAAUUCAUCCAUGUUUUGGGAUUUUCUUUUUAGCCUCAAAAAUGUGAAUAUUUUCUUAGGGGUUUCUGUGAAUUUCUUUUCCGAAUAACACAGGAACCUGAAAAAAAGUUUAGUUUGGUUUGUUGACCAAAGAAGAAGAGUUUACGACAGUGUUUUCCCAAAAUUUAUAAAUUGUGCCCCAAUUGUCAAUGAAUAAUUUCCAAGAUAUGUUUGGAAAAUUAAUAAAAACUUAAUUUUAUGCACGUAAUAGAAAUUCUUAAUUAUCCCACGACCUAUGUGGGGGUGUAGACCCAGUCUUUGGGAACCCCUUGUUCAGGAAACACUUUUUUUUUUUAAGCUUCAUAAAUGUGAAUACUUUCUGAAGUCUUUACAAAUUUCUUUCCUACAGACUACAAAGGAACCAGGAAAAAAAUUGCAGUUAAUUUUAGUUUUGGAUUCAGUGUUUCCAACUUUCUAUAAUGACCCAAUUUUUUGAAGAUUACAAAACUAUUGUGACCCAAACCACAGUUACAAUUGUCAUUUACACCAAAUAUUAUCAUUUUUAAAUUGGUAAAUUAGUAUUUUCCAAGAGAGGUUUUACAAAUUUAUUAAAACUUGAUUGUAUGCUUGUAAUUUACAACAUAUAACAUUUUUUUUUCCCAUGACCUAUGUGUGAGUCCCGACCCAGUCUUUAGGUACCCCUUGUUUUUUGGUUUGAGGACAAUAGAAGACAGUUGAUUUUAGUUUAGGACUGUUUCCCAGCAUGCAUUUUAAAUAAUUUUAAAUAAUUUAAAACAUAUUUUAAAUUGUAUUUUGCUCGACCCAAACUAUGAGAACCCCCUUGUUUAGGAAACAGCACAUUUUUUUUUCAUAUAUGUGAAAGUUUUGUGGUUUUUUUGUGAAUUUCUUUCAAUGUAACACAGGACAAUAAUAAUAAUAGUUAUGUAAUAAUUUAGAACAGUGUUUCCCCAAACUUAAUUUCCUGUUUUACGUUUUAGAAAACGUCUAAAACAAAUUAGCUCCUGCGACCCACGUUAGGGUCCCGCCCCAGUCUUUGAGAACCCCUUGUUUAGGAAACACUUGUCACUUUUUUUCUGGACCAAACAACUAAAACGAUAAACCGAGUAAAUAAUGGAGUCUGAAGAGAAUCCGUUGAUGAGUUGCAGCCCUAGUUUGGACCUAAAAGGAAGUGAACUCUUUGCCUUUUGUAAAUAUUUUUCUUUUCUUUUGUUACAAACUAAAACCAAAUGUUAAAAACAUAGAGAAAUGUGAUGUACAAUCUAAUAACAUCUAUAUUUGUUUUUUUAAAUUUCCAUCUACCGUAAUGAAGCUUCUUCUCCUUGACUGAACACUUAUGUUUACAGACUGUAUAUUAUUAUUAUUACUCCGUGUCAUUUGUUUGCCUGUAGUUUCUCCUGUUUCCUCUGUUGUUUACAUUGUUAUUUGCAUUUUUUUCCAUAGCGCUCAAAGCUAAAAAAAAAUUGCUUUUCAUCUGACGUAAUAAAAAACUUGGAUAUGUU